AUGACACCAGACCCAGACAAAGACAUUCCUCGUGUCAUCACGCAGUAUCCCUCUCCACAAAUCAGAAUAGAGCCUGCAACACCCAGUAAUCCUACAGCCACGUCUGAAAAGGAAUCAUACUCAUCUGCAGACAACUCUCCCACCUCUACCAUUACAAGAUCAGAGUCGGAUCAGGAUGAGCGGCCUCUCACACUUACCGCCACGCAGAACUCGAGGCUGGAAGCAACGCGGACAGUGACCCGACUCAGCACUCGAGGAACAACCUUCACAGCAGACCCAUCGUACGAGGUGGACUUCGAAGCCGACGAGGCAGGCAAUCCCCGGAAUUGGUCGAUGUGGUACAAGUCCUAUGUCUUGUUCACGGUAUCCUUCAGCACGCUUGUGAUAGUGGCCAACAGCACAGCAUACACUGCCGCAAUUGGGGACAUGAUGGUGGAGUUCGGCAUCACAAACAAAGUCAUACCGACACUCGGAGUGACCACCUAUCUCUUCGGACUGGCGGUUGGAUCUCUGAUCUUAGCACCUAUUGCGGAAACCUACGGUCGACGGCCGGUAUAUACCACGGGUCUCCUGGGUUUUCUCCUCUUAGUGAUACCGGUGUCUGUCGUCCACAGUAUCGAGGCAAUCAUUGUCCUGCGAUUUUUCGCGGCAGUGUUUGGAAGUGCCACUAUUGCGAAUGCCCCGGGUACCAUUGCAGAUAUGGUCUCGGAUGAGUAUCGAGCGGUCGCCUUCUCAGUCUGGAGUAUCGGUCCUAUGAAUGGUCCCGUGAUCGGGCCGGUCGUCGGCGGAUACAUUACGCAGUACAAAGGUUGGCGGUUUACCAACUGGGUCAUCGUGAUAUGGGCAGGAGUGGCAUUUCUGAUGAUCGUCACGAUCAAAGAGACUUAUAGCCCUGUGCUGUUGCAGCGCAAGGCCGCGAAAUUGCGCAAGGACAACGAUGACUCGAGGUACUGGAGCCGAUACGACAUCAAAGUCGGAUUUGUGGAGCUGAUGAAGAUCAACCUCAGCCGACCGUUUGUCAUGGCCGUGACUGAACCGAUCUGCAUCUUUUGGAACAGCUAUAUCUCUCUCCUUUAUGGGAUCCUCUAUCUCUGCUUCGUCGCAUAUCCGAUCGUCUACACAACAGAGCGGGGCUGGUCCGUGGGAAAGACCGGGUUGUCUUUCGUCGGCAUCGGCAUUGGUAGCAUGAUAGCCAUUGCUUUGGCAACGCCGAUCAAGAAGAUGAUCGACUCGCAUCAACCGGACGAAGAUGGUACUGUUCCGCCGGAGUCGAUGAUGAGCAUUGUCUGCAUUGGAUCCAUACUUGUUCCUAUUGGACAACUAUGGUUUUCGUGGACAUGCUAUCCCAUCAGUAUUCACUGGGCAUUGCCAAUAGCAGCCGGUAUCCCCUUUGGAUUCGGCAAUUGCGUGGUUUUCAUCUAUGCAGGAAAUUACCUGGCUUACAGUUAUGGCAUUUACGCCGCAAGCGCCAUGGCAGGAAACGCCGUACUUCGAUCAUUUCUCGGUGGUACGCUUCCCCUAGCAGGGCCUGCUAUGUAUAAGGCGCUGGGCCCAAACUGGGCAGGGACACUCCUUGGAUUGCUCCAAGUAGUCAGCAUCCCCAUCCCGUUUCUGUUCUACAAGUAUGGCCACCGAAUCCGACAAAAGUCGAGCAUGAUCCGGGAGAUGCGCGAGAAUGAACUGCGUCAAGAGCGCAAGAGACAGAAGGCAGAAGAAAGGCUGAGAAUUGCCGUGUUGAGUGGAGAUGAGAACGAAAAGGAAGAGGCUCAAGUCAACCUUUGUCGGGUCAGGAGUAGGGUUGAUGAACAGAGGGAUAUCGAGGAGCACGGACAUGAGAUUCUGAAUCGAAACCAGGGAUUUGGAAAAGAGACGGUCUGA